AUGGCCGUCAAGACGGCCCAUGAUAUGAAUGUAUUCCCCGUGCUAUCUCAGGCCACCGGCCCAGUCCCUCUGGCCCAGCUGGCUGCAGUAAAGCCGGCAGACCCUCUUCUAGUCGAGCGCAUUAUGCGGGUUCUAGUCGCCAAUGGUUUCGUCGAAGAGCCAGCUCCCAGCGAAUACCUACCUACCGCACUAUCCCGAGAAAUGACCGAGCGCACAUCAAUUGGGGUCGUGGGAUCACUCUUCCAUGAGUUUCUACCCUCAGUCCAAAAAGUCCCCGAAUAUCUCCAAUCUACCAACUAUCGCAACCCAGAUGAUCCCAUGUGGGCCCCUCUUCAAUACACGCACGAUCUGAAGACCGAUGGAUUUACAUGGCUCUGCCAAGACCCCGAAGCGUUGACAAGGUUCAAUAGCUUCAUGGAAGGACAGCGGGCUGACCGUCCACACUGGGGUGACUGGUUCCCUGUUCGCGAACAGCUUCUCGAUCACCCGGACAUAACUGCCGAGACACCACUUUUGGUAGACCUUGGCGCUGGUCGUGGACAUGACUUGAUUGGAUUUAGGAAGAGAUUUCCCGAUGCCCCGGGUAAAUUGGUACUGGAGGAUCUUUCGUCUGUGAUCGAUGAAGUACGUGGUGCGCAGGAUCUAGAGGCGGCUUCUAUUGACACUGUUGCGCACGAUUUCUUUGCUGAGGUUCAACCGGUUCAAGGGGCACGCGCGUACUAUUUCAAGAACGUGUUGCAUGACUGGUCUGACGAGAAAGCGACCAUCAUCUUUAACCACCUAAAGCCGGCUAUGAAGCGGGGUUUCUCAAAGGUUAUCAUGGAAGAGUAUAUUCUUCCUGAUCAGAAUGCUCGCUCGCUUCCUUGUAUGACAGAUAUCGCGGUGAUGGUUUUCUGCUCGGGAUUGGAGAGAACUCGUCAACGCUGGAGUAACCUACUGACAUCUGUUGGUUUGCGAGUCCUCAAAUUCUGGGUACGUGAAGGUGACGGGUUGGGAAUUAUUGAAGCUGAAUUGGCAGAGAGCUCUUAA